AUGUUUACCCAAAGCACAAUCCUGAACUCACCCUGCCCCAUCCUUGUCCCCAUCAAGUCCCCAGUCCCUACCCCCUGCUCCAUCCCUGUCCCCACCCAGUCUCCAGUCCCUACCCCCUGCUCCAUCCCUGUCCCCAUCCAGUCCCCAGUCCCUACCCCCUGCUCCAUCCAGUCCCCAGUCCCUACCCCCUGCUCCAUCCCUGUCCCCAUCCAGUCCCCAGUCCCCACCCCCUGCUCCAUCCCUGUUCCCAUCCAGUCCCCAGUCCCUAUCCCCUGCUCCAUCCCUGUCCCCGGUCCCUACCCCAUGCUCCAUCCCUGUCCCCAUCCAGUCCCUACCCCAUGCUCCAUCCCUGUCUCCAUCCAGUCCCUACCCCAUGCUCCAUCCCUGUCCCCAUCCAGUCCCCAGGCCCUACCCCCUGCUCCAUCCUUGUCCCCAUCCAGUCCCCAGUCCCCACCCCCUGCUCCAUCUCUGUCCCCAUUCAGUCCCCAGUCCCUACACCCUGCUCCAUCCCUGUACCCAGUCCAUACCCCAUGCUCCAUCCCAGUCCCCACCCAGUCCCCAGUCCCCACCCCCUGCUCCAUCUCUGCCCCCAUUCAGUCCCCAGUCCCUACACCCUGCUCCAUCCCUGUCCCCAUUCCAUACCCCAUGCUCCAUACCUGUCCCCAUCCAGUCCCCAGGCCCUACCCCCUGCUCCAUCCCUGUCCCCAUUCCAUACCCCAUGCUCCAUCCCUGUCCCCAUCCAGUCCCCAGGCCCUACCUCCUGCUCCAUCCCUGUCCCCAUCCAGUCCCCAGUCCCCACCCCCUGCUCCAUCUCUGUCCCCAUUCAGUCCCCAUGCUCCAUCCCUGUCCCCACCCAGUCCCCAGGCCCUACCCCCUGCUCCCUCCCUGUCCCCAUCCAGUCUCCAGUCCCCACCCCCUGCUCCAUCUCUUACCCCAUUCAGUCCCCAGUCCCUACACCCUGCUCCAUCCCUGUCCCCAUUUCAUACCCCAUGCUCCAUCCCUGUCCCCAUCCAGUCCCCAGGCCCUACACCCUGCUCCAUCCCUUUCCCCAUCCAGUCCCCAGUCCCCACCCCCUGCUCCAUCCCUGUCCCCAUUCCAUACCCCAUGCUCCAUCCCUGUCCCCAUCCAGUCCCUACCCCAUGCUCCAUCCCUGUCUCCAUCCAGUCCCUACCCCAUGCUCCAUCCCUGUCCCCAUCCAGUCCCCAGGCCCUACCCCUGCUCCAUCCUUGUCCCCAUCCAGUCCCCAGUCCCCACCCCCUGCUCCAUCUCUGUCCCCAUUCAGUCCCCAGUCCCUACACCCUGCUCCAUCCCUGUCCCCAGUCCAUACCCCAUGCUCCAUCCCAGUCCCCACCCAGUCCCCAGUCCCCACCCCCUGCUCCAUCUCUGUCCCCAUUCAGUCCCCAGUCCCUACACCCUGCUCCAUCCCUGUCCCCAUUCCAUACCCCAUGCUCCAUCCCUGUCCCCAUCCAGUCCCCAGGCCCUACCCCCUGCUCCAUCACUGUCCCCAUUCCAUACCCCAUGCUCCAUCCCUGUCCCCAUCCAGUCCCCAGGCCCUACCUCCUGCUCCAUCCCUGUCCCCAUCCAGUCCCCAGUCCCCACCCCUGCUCCAUCCCUGUCCUCAUUCCAUACCCCAUGCUCCAUCCCUGUCCCCAUCCAGUCCCCAGGCCCCACCCCUGCUCCAUCCCUGUCCCCAUUCAGUCCCCAGUCCCUACACCCUGCUCCAUCCCUGUCCCCAUCCAGUCCCCAGGCCCUACCUCCUGCUCCAUCCCUGUCCCCAUCCAGUCCCCAGUCCCCACCCCCUGCUCCAUCCCUGUCCUCAUUCCAUACCCCAUGCUUCAUCCCUGUCCCCAUCCAGUCCCCAGUCCCCACCCCCUGCCCCAUCCAGUCCCCAGUCCCUACCACCUGCUCCAUCCCUUCCCUAGUCCCUACACCCUGCUCCAUCCCUGUCCCCAGUCCAUACCCCAUGCUCCAUCCCAGUCCCCACCCAGUCCCCAGUCCCCACCCCCUGCUCCAUCUCUGUCCCCAUUCAGUCCCCAGUCCCUACACCCUGCUCCAUCCCUGUCCCCAUUCCAUAUCCCAUGCUCCAUCCCUGUCCCCAUCCAGUCCCCAGGCCCUACCCCCUGCUCCAUCGCUGUCCCCAUUCCAUACCCCCUGCUCCAUUCCUGUCCCCAUCCAGUCCCUACCCCCUGCUCCAUCCCUGUCCCCAUCCAGUCCCCAGUCCCUACCCCCUUCCCCAUCCCUGUCCCUAUCCAGUCCCUACCCCCUGCUCCAUCCAGUCCCUACCCCCUGCUCCAUCCAGUCCCUACCCCCUGCUCCAUCCCUGUCCCCACCUAG